AUGAAGCCCCCUUCAGACUUCACGCAGCACCCGGAGGUGAAGGGGCUGCCCUCAGGGAAGGAGAAAAAGCAGAAACCUAUGAUAACAGCCCUGAUCAAAGGUCCUGGGCCUGCUAAAUAUGCCCUGCCAUCUUGCAUCGGUUACACCAACCACGACACCUCCAUGUUUCAGGAGCCCGCCUUUUCCCUGCUCUCCAGGCACUUGGAGAAGCAAGCCAAGGACGUCUGCAACUCUGGACCUUACUCCUUGGACCCCAAGUUAACCCGCUUUGGCAUGUCCACCUGCCCACGUGUGCCCAUGGUGGCACGCAUCUCCAGCAUCCGCCUGAACACCACCCCUGCGCCAAGCCACUACCAUAUUGAGAAGACCUGCCCUCCUGACGAACGCAGGGUGCCCCAGUACUCCUUCGGCUACCGGUGCCCCUACAAAGUGAGGGCCCCCACCCCUGCGCCCAACCAGUACCAGCUGCCGCUCCUUCUAGGGCCCAACUGUCCCGUCACCCAGGCAGCCCCUUGCUACAGUCUGACCUCCCAGAACAAGAACUGGUUCUACAAAGAGAACGUGGCUGGCGGCCCAGGCCCAGCCCAGCACACGAGGCCUGAUCCCUCCGUCUAUCAGAAGUGCAGCCCCAGCUACAGCAUCGCCAAGCGCUUUUCCUACCCCAUGGACCACACGCCACGGCCAGGGCCUGGCUCCCAUGAGGUUCAGCAGGUGACUCUGCACAAGCCCCACGUACCUGCCUUCACCAUGGGAGUCAAGCACUCCUCGCAUCUGACAACCCUGAUUGUGGACAUCCACGACCACUGA